AUGUCACAGCCAACAGCCGACCAAGGUGUGCACUUUUCGCUCAGCACAGGCAGGGACCAAGAUGUCUCGCAAGCCAAUGUUGAAUUGCAUAGAAAGCGGGCUCGCGACCGAAAGUCGCAGCAGGCGAUGCGAGACCGGCAGAGGGGUCUGAUCCAGAGCUUGACUGAACGAGUCGACUUCCUCACCCGCACACUAGAUGGCACUCUGAAAGAUGUCGGCCUGCUCGAGUCAAAAGUCAUCACGCUCGAGGCCGAGAAUGCGCAGCUUCGUGCUCAGAACGCCGCCUGGCAGCUGGGUCUACUUGGUCGUGCUGAGCCUACAGAAACAGUAGCGCUCAAGUCCCUAGAGCCUUGGACCAUACCUCCUCGAAAUUCACCGCCGUGUUGUAUCGCCGAUAACAUUGUUCAGAAUUUCAUUCUAUCCAAGCGUGCCGAAAUGGCGUCAGUACGACCCAACGAGAUACACGGCAGCACAAGACUAAAACCAAACCCCGCUUCUCUCCUCUCCAAGCAGCAUGGGACGGUGGAUGAAGUGAGCAACGUGGUUGCUGAUCUUGUGCGGUCAUAUCCAGAAAUCGAGUCCCUUCCAAAACAAGUUGCUGUAUUUUACAUCAUGGGGCUACUGUCCAAGGUCAGUGCACGCAAAUCUGCAUCAAGUUCAUCUUGCGACUCUAGGUUGACCUAUAACAAGUGGCUCAUUUAUCUCGACAAGGAAAGUUGGGAUCUCAUGCCCGAGUGGCUACGGCCGACCGAGUGUCAGCUUUCGACGGUUCAUGCCGCGUGGGUUGACCGAAUUCCAUGGCCCAAGGCAAGGAAUUAUCUAGUACAGCACUCUGACAUAACGUUGGAUGAUUUUGCAUCUACAUACAGCUCUAGCUUUCAGAUCAAGUGGGAUUUCGAUCCUAGCCAUGUGCUCAUUACGAUCGACUCGAACAAGGAUGAGCCAAAGCAAGUGCUUUUCAAUCCCGUGUUUGAAAGUGAGAUACGCCAACUCAAGAAUUGGACCGUCGAGGAGACAUUCCGACAGCGUUUUCCCGAAAUUGCAACGCUUAUUGACAAGGAUACAAUCUUGGUCUAG